AUGACUCACCUGAUGGGUCCCACGGAGUGCGCCAGCGCCAUGAUGAGCACCUCGAUGCCCUUCCUGGACAACGGCCUGGGCCCCAACCUAACGGAUUACAGCUGCUAUGCGAAUGAUUACUGGACCACGCCCUACAUGACCGGCGGCCUCAGCCCCAUGAAACAGAUCGAAGCCUGCAUUCAGACGGCUGGCAAGGAUCGCAGCUCCUACAAGCCCCUGGAACAGAUCGAUGCCAAAUUGGCCGACAUCGAGACGCACAGCAUGGGCAGCAGUGGCACGGCGGCAGGGUCCAGCAGCAGCAGCAGCAACAGCAACAGCAGCAGCAGCUCCCUCAGCAACCCCAAUGGCGGCUGCCAGGAGCAGCAGACCUCGCUGCUCCACCAAGAGUAUGCCGGCGGCAGCAGCGAGGCCACAAGCGGAGCAGCCUUGGUGUCGGGCCCAGGGGACAGCACACCGGCGGGAGCACCUUCCGCCGCGGGCACACCAGCCAAGAAAUACAAAAAUCAACACAAAAAAGACAACAACAGUUUGGAAAAUAGUUCUGUAAAAGCCAACAACAAUCACAGCGCCAGCAGCAAUGCCAAAGGGGAAUCAGAGCCAGUGCAUCCAUCGCUGGCCCAGGCCAUCGUUGUGCUGGAGACGAAGGCGCUGUGGGAUCAGUUCCAUGCCCAGGGCACCGAGAUGAUCAUCACGAAGACGGGUCGUCGCAUGUUUCCCACGUUUCAGGUGCGGAUCGGGGGCCUCGAUCCCCAUGCCACCUACAUCUGCAUGAUGGACUUUGUGCCCAUGGACGAUAAGCGCUAUCGCUAUGCCUUCCACAACUCCUGCUGGGUGGUGGCCGGCAAAGCGGAUCCUAUUUCACCGCCUCGCAUCCAUGUCCAUCCCGACUCGCCAGCGGCCGGCUCCAACUGGAUGAAACAGAUCGUGUCCUUCGACAAGCUGAAGCUGACCAACAACCAGCUGGACGAGAACGGCCAUAUCAUACUGAACUCGAUGCAUCGCUAUCAGCCGCGCUUCCAUCUGGUCUACUUGCCCCCGAAGAACGCCUCCCUGGAUGAGAACGAGCACUCGAGCCACUUUCGCACGUUCAUCUUUCCGGAGACGAGCUUUACGGCCGUGACUGCCUACCAGAAUCAGAGGGUGACACAGCUGAAGAUCUCCAGCAAUCCCUUCGCCAAAGGCUUCCGAGACGAUGGCACCAAUGAUGUAACCAGCGGCAGCACCAUGAGCCACGAGAGCCAGGCUCGCAUGAAGCAGCAACAGCAGCAACAGCAGCAGCAGCAACAGCAGCAGCAGCAGCAGCUGCAACAGCAGCAACAGUUGAGUGGCAAGGAACGAACAACCAGCAACACUUUCAGCCUGAGUUGCACAGAGCUGAGUGUGGAUCCCCAACAACAGCAGCAGCAGCAGCAGCAACAACAGAGUGGCAUGCAACUGCCAGCCACGCCCUCGAGCAGCUCCGCCUCAGGGAACUCCCCGGAUCUGUUAUCCUUCCAAAUGGAGCAACUGCAGCAGCAGCAACAGCAGCAGCAGCAGCAACAUCACUUGCAGCAACAGCAGCAGCAGCAACACCAGCAGCAGCAACAUGCCACGUUGCAUCACCAGAGCCACAAUCAAUAUGGGAGCUAUCACCAUGCCUACCAGACCCAUCCACUGACGCCACACUCCACCAGCUCAGCCUCGCCGCCGGCUGUAGUCCCCGCCAGCAGUGCAGCGGCCACAGGAGGGGCACCAACAGCAGGAGGAGCAACUGCAGCAGGAGCACCAGGCGCAGAAGCUGGCGCUGGGGCAACUACCCAGGUGAUGGCGGCGGCGGCUAACAUUUACUCCAGCAUCGGCCAGCCCUAUGCCCAGGAGCAGAGCAACUUUGGGGCAAUCUAUCAUCAUAAUGCUGCCGCUGCUGCUGCCGCCCACUAUCACCAUGGCCACGCCCACAACCAUGCCCAUGGGCAUGGGCAUGGGCAUGGGCAUGGGCAUGGACCCUAUGCCAGUGCCUACGACAAGCUGAAGGUGUCGCGGCAUGCGGCAGCCGCCGCCUAUGGAAUGACGGCCAGCUACCAGACCUUCUACGGAUCGGCGGCCCAUCAUCAGAUGAUGCGACCCAAUAGCUAUAUAGAUCUGGUGCCCCGCUAGAUCGCGGAUCGGACAUUGCAGAUCGCAGCAAAAAAGUAUUAGCAGCAGUUGAGAUUAAACCAAAUAAAUGCAAAAAGUAUU